AUGUGUGGUGACGAAGCAAGUGCUGUUCGUUCUGCUUUGCAAGUUUCUUAUCCGAUGGAAAAUGGUAUUAUUAGAAAUUGGGAAGAUAUGGAACAUUUAUGGGAUUAUGCAUUUUAUGAAAGAUUACAAGAAGAUACAACUGGUAAAAAAAUCUUACUUACAGAACCUCCAAUGAAUCCUUUGAAAAAUAGAGAAAAAAUGUGUGAAGUAAUGUUUGAAAAAUAUAAUUUUGGUGGUGUUUACGUUGCAAUUCAAGCUGUUUUAGCUCUAUAUGCUCAAGGUUUAUCCUCAGGUGUUGUUGUGGAUUCAGGUGAUGGUGUUACACAUAUUGUUCCAGUUUAUGAAUCUGUGGUAUUGAAUCAUUUAACUCGUAGAUUAGAUGUUGCAGGUAGAGAUGUUACAAGACAUUUAAUUGAUUUAUUAUCAAGAAGAGGUUAUGCAUUCAAUAGAACUGCUGAUUUCGAAACUGUUCGUCAAAUUAAAGAAAAAUUAAGUUAUGUUUCUUAUGAUUUAGAAUUAGAUGCUAAAUUAUCUCGUGAUACAACUACAUUAGUGGAGAGUUAUGAAUUACCUGAUGGUCGUGUGAUUAGAGUUGGUUCUGAAAGAUUUGAAGCACCAGAAUGUUUAUUCCAACCAAGUUUAGUUGAUGUUGAACAACCAGGUGUUGGUGAAUUAUUAUUUAACACUAUUCAACAAGCAGAUUUAGAUAUUAGAUCAACUUUAUUUAAAGCUAUUGUUUUAUCUGGUGGUUCAAGUAUGUAUCCAGGUUUACCAUCAAGAUUAGAAAAAGAAUUAAAACAAUUAUGGUUAACAAGAGUUUUACAUAAUGAUCCUUCAAGAUUAGAUAAAUUUAAAGUUCGUAUUGAAGAUCCUCCAAGAAGAAGGCACAUGGUUUUCAUUGGUGGUGCUGUUUUAGCAAAUAUCAUGGCUGAUAAGGAUCACAUGUGGAUUAAUAAACAAGAAUGGGAAGAACAAGGACCUGCAAUCUUACAAAAAUUAGGCCCAAGAUAA